AUGAAGCCACCGACAUUCUAUGGUGGAAUUGAACCACUAAAAGCAGAGACAUGGUUACUUGAAAUGGAAAAACUGUACGAAGUGUUCCCUUGUACCGAAGUCCAGAAGGUUCUCUUAGCCACCUAUACUCUGAAGGAUGAAGCCCGAAGGGAUCGGAAAGUGUCUGAAUUCCAAAAACUUAAACAGGGAAGGAUGUCUGUAGCAGAGCAUGAAGCCAAAUUUACCGAAUCUACAAUGGCGAAACCCACAAUAGCCAUCAUGAAACAAAGUAAGGCCCCGGCAGCUGUACAAACUGACUGGAGAGGAAAGAGGUCCGGGUUUGGUUUUAGGAGAGGUCGGUCUUAUGCAAAUAAGAAACAAAAUACAGGGUCUACAAAUAGUUCGAGUCAGAGUAGUGGGUCUAUCCCAGUCUGUUCUGAAUGUGGAAGAAGGCAUAGGGGUGUGUGCUACCGGGUAUCUGGCGUUUGUUUCCAAUGUGGCCAGACAGGUCUUGUAAUGAAAGAUUGCCCACUCAGGUCGGAGACUACAAGCCGUCCUACGGCGAGUUUAGCUGGAUCCGCCUCUACAGCCAAAACAAAUGCAAAAGCCAAUACUGGGAAAGAACCUCUGAGACAGGGACGAGUGUUUACCUUAGUGCCCGGAGACGUACAAAACACCUAUACUGUGGUGUCAGCAUGCGAUAUUGUGAUUGGCGAUAUGGUGUUAUAUGUUGAUUUGUUGCCUUUGAACAUUAGUCAUUUUGACUAUAUUUUGGGAAUGGACUGGUUGACUAAAUACUGUGCUACUAUUGACCGUGCAAGAAGGGAUGUAGGGGUUACUUGUGUUGUAUUUACUACAUCAUCUGAUGGAAUUAAUGUAGAAACUAUCCCUAUUGCUUGUGAAUUUCCCGAUGUGUUUUCGAAUGACCUACCUGGGGACUUAGUGGAUAGAGAAAUUGAAUUCACUAUUGAGUGUAGAAACAUAUGUUCACGUUUGAACUUUGAUUUGCAAAUUGAAAGCUUUAUCAGCGUCUGA